CUUCGAGGAACAAAAAAAAACACCGACACAUCAUCGUAACAUUGUUGUUCUCUGUGCCGUGCAGGAGUUUAGUCAAAUAAAUAUCGCCCAGGAAAGUACGAUAAGUUGUAGAGUAACAUGCACGCUCUCGAUCCCGAAACGGCAAGAAUUGUUGGCUUACCGACAGGAAACGACGACCGGAAGGAGGAUGAAAUCGAACCGGCACUAAGAUUUGGCUUUCGGCUCGUCUGCUCGACGGCCCUGUAUCCGCUGGAGUAUGCCAAAACGCUCAUCCAGCUCGGUUACGAACCGAUCGCACCACGCCCCGGUAGGACGCUCUUUGGUGCGAAGCGUUUGAUGCUGCCGAACAUUUUCCAAUACGCUGCAUACAUCAAGAGCGUGGAUGGAUUUUUCGGAUGCUUCCGGGGACUAAGCGCCCGACUGCUGGGCAAUGUGCUCAGCUCGUACUACAGCGAAAGGAUGGCCGUGGUGGUGAUUGGCAAGGCACCGAACCGUUUCGAUGACUUCGAUUGGUUCGAGGCGACGUACGAAGACGUCGAUGAGUACAUGGUCACGAAGGACGGCAAAGUCCAGACCCGGCCGGCUGGCCUGGUGCGCAAAGCGGUAACGCACGUUUGCGGCAUACUCAUCUCCCAUCCAUUCCACGUGGUGUCCAUCCGGAUGAUGGCCCAGUUCAUUGGCCGGGAGCACAUGUACGAUGGGUUGUUCGGUUCGAUCAGGGAAAUCUGGGCGCACGAAGGUAUUGGCGGGUUCUUUUCGGGGCUUAUUCCCCGCAUGGUUAUGGAAUUGUCGUGCAUGGCAUUAACCAGCUCGAUCACCUACCUGUUCGCCAAGUAUUCCGGGGCGAACAAAACAACCUGUGGCCACGUGAACACUAUCGCUCACUUUUCGGUUACAAGCGUUUUCUACCCGUACCAUGUCGUGUCGACCUGCAUGGCCGUCCAGGGCUCCAGAUUGAAGGCCGGUAACCCGCCCAUGAUGGAUCAUUACAUUAACUGGCGCGAUUGCUACGCCCGGCUGCUGCUGGAUAGACAGCACAAGCGUGGAUCGUCGUUCUUCUUCCGAACGGUGGCCAGAGUAACUGGCAAGCAUAGCGAUUCAUUCGCUCCGUACCCGGAAUUGAAGUAAACACGCACGGAACAAGACACGCUGUGCUUGCUGUGCUUCACAUGGACGGUAUGCACGACUUUCCUUUCACAUUAGAUAUUGUAGAUUUCGUACCCUAUUUCCCUAUUUGCCCUAUUUCCCCUGUUUAAAGGAUGCAGUUUAUAUGGACACUGGUUCAAAGAUUGUAGUUCCGUUGCUUGCAUUUUCCAUAUUGUUCAAUUUAAAUCUGCAUUUAGUUGUUGUGUUUCUUCAAUUGGUUUCGACAAUCGUGCGCAAGAUGAAGCAUUUAUCGCCUCGGAAGCAAAAAAGUUAUGUAAACUAUAAAAUAAACAAAAAAAAAUCUA